UAAAGGGAAACACGCGGGCAUUGCGAUUUGCAAAUCGUUGCGUACCGUCCUUAAGAGGCAUGGACGAAGUCAUAUUACGCUGGCGACCAUUUUUGUAAGAUUUGCCGUUCGCUUCACGGUUGCUUCGUGCGGCGUAACAUGUAAACGUCGUAUCGACAUACAGCACGUGGUAGUUUCCCGACGAAGGCCUCGGCAAAGAGAAAAGAAAUAUCUGUCGAUCGAAACGUUCGUGAACGUGCACGAUGUCGCCGACGGUCCACUCCUACGAGACCGCAUCGUGCGAGGAACGUCCGACGAUGAAGUGAUAAUUCCCUCUCGGGUCAGGAGUAAAGGAGUGAUCGUAAAAAAGUGUCUCCGAGGAUUCCCGCCGAAAGAUACGGGUAUAUCGCGGUAGUUUCUCUGGUAGCCGCACAAAGUUCCGCGAUAGACCUGGAGAUCCGUUCGCGGCGGUGACUCGCGCGAGCGUUUUGUGAGGCCCCUCUUAACUAAGUAUGCGGCAACUCGGCCGAGUCCCUCUCUCUCAUUCCCUCCCCGUCGGACGUACUCCGUGAUAUAUUAAUUGACAAUUGACGAGAGAAGAAGCUGCUCGUCUCGCUUCUGGAACCCCCGAUCGACACGACAAUGGCUGCGACCUUCGAUCAGUAUGACAAAUCGAGCUGGUAUUUUGGUGCUAUGUCACGACAGGAUGCAUCUGACUUAUUGAUGGGUGAAAAAGAAGGUGGUGUAUUUUUAGUACGAGACAGCACCUCUAUACAUGGUGACUUUGUACUAUGCGUAAGGGAGGACAGUAAAGUUAGCCACUAUAUCAUCAAUAAAAUCCAACAAGGAGACCAAAUUCGUUAUCGGAUUGGUGAUCAGAUGUUUCCGGAUAUUCCCAGUCUUCUCGCCUUUUAUAAGCUUCACUACUUAGAUACCACACCAUUAAUUAGGCCAGCACCAAAGAAAACGCAGAGGGUAAUUGCAAAGUAUGAUUUUGAAGGAAAUGAUUCUGAGGACUUACCCUUUAGAAAAGGUGAUAUACUCACUGUAAUAUCGAAAGACGAAGAACAGUGGUGGACAGCUAGAAAUAGUGUGGGCCAAACUGGUUCGAUACCAGUGCCGUAUGUUCAAAAGUACGACGACGAUAGUCAUAUGAUAAUAGAAAAUAAUUCGCGGCCUGAAAGUGGCGGCAGUUCCGGCUCUAAUUCAAAUUCAGGGCCUACAUCACAGGUAUCUCAUACAGAAACGAUGGGACAAGCGACAGUAACGCGAAGAUCAAACAUUCAGAGAACACUGCCGGCCUUUGCCAAAGUGAAACAGGCAAGGGUGCCUAACGCCUAUGAUAAAACUGCGCUAAAAUUAGAAGUAGGUGAUAUGAUAAAAGUGACAAAGACUAAUAUCAAUGGCCAGUGGGAAGGUGAAUUGCACGGCAAGGUCGGACACUUCCCAUUUACGCAUGUGGAGUUUGUAGAUAAUGAGACUGGUGAAGACAAUCAGGAGAUUUAACAGAAAUUCUCCGAGUGUGAUGUGCACCACAUGUGUGACAAAGGGAAGAAAGACACCUAUAUUAUCAAAAUUUAGAGUUACUAAUAACAUCUAUUAUAUGUGCCAUUUCAAAGUACGUUUAGCCUGAAUAACUGUACGCUCGAUUGCUGGAUAUAACAUAUUAUAAGAAUGAACGCCAGAUUUUUGUGCAAUAUGUCGUAAGAAAUGUUUAGAGGUUUAUGUUAAUAUCUCUACAGUAUGUUAAUUUAGUCACGUGUUAAUUCAUCAGUUUAUAUUAUACAUUGCUAAUUGCCCAAAGCACAAGCAUAAUUUUAUAAAGUUGUUA